AUUAAUAAACAAAAAAAAUAUGUACAGACAAUAUACACGAAUAAAAUCACUUUUGGAAUUUGAAAAUUUUCAAGAAGAUCUUUAUCAAAUGAUGUUAAAUAAUCCAGACAAAAGUCUUGCUGAAGUAUACGAUACUAUCAUCAAAAGAUAUAAAAAUAUCGAGUAUGAUUUUCCUUUUGCAAGAGCUGAAGCUAUCAUGAAAAAUGUACGUGAUGGAUAUUAUCCAGAUGAUCCAUGGACAUUAAAAGAAUACACAAAUGAACUUUUAUCAAAUAGAUGGAAAAAUUUGUUAACAGAAUGGCAAGAUGUGACAAUGAGUGUUCACACUAUUUUGUCUUAUGAUAAAAUGAGUUGGGUAACAGUAUUUGCUGAUUAUCAAAUUAUUCAAACACUUUUAAAUUAUCAUGAUUUUAAAAUUCACAUUGAUGUAUUUAAUUGUAAUACAUUGCCUGUAUUUCAUCAAAUAGUAACAGUGCUAGUUUUAAUUGACAACAGUUUCUUUCCAAUUGCUUGGUCAUUAAUGGAAAAAACAACAAUAGCAGCUUACACAACAGUAUUUCAAACACUAAAAAUUGUACAUGGUGCAAUGAUGGAACCAAAAAGAAUAUUAAUUGAUUUUUUUGAAAUAUCAUUGAGUAAAGCAAUUAAUGAAUGUUUUCCAACCACAACAAUUGUUUGUAAUUUUCCUCAUCACACAAGGAGUUUAGAAAGAAGAUUAGAAAAAUUAAGAGGAAUAAGACUAUUAAAUGAAAUGAAAAGAUGUGAAAAAGCAUCAGGUGUUUUUAAAUUAUUGACAAAUCUUGCAAAACUACCACCAGAUGAAAUUAAAAAUGCCUUCACCGAAUUAAUUAAAACAGAUGAUGUUGAUAUUGAUUUUUAUUUUGCUGAAUUAUUUAAACAUUAUCGACAAUGGUGGCUAGAUAUUGUAACGCCACAAAGAUAUUCUGUUUAUGGACAUGAUGAUUUAAUAAAUGCUAGUACAAAAGAUGCUGAAAAAAUAAAAAAUUCACUCUUAUGGGGACCAUUUAGAGUUUGGCAAUUUACAGAAAGAUUGAUGCAAGUAUUUAUACUUUUACGUAAAGAAUUAAAUUCAAGAAAUGAAGAAAUUUCAAUAUCAUUUUUAAAUUAA